AAAAAGGAGUGGUUACCUUCGAGGGAAAAUCGAAGAGUAUUCUUCUCUCCCUCUCUCUCUCUAUCUGGCAAGAAGACGUCUUCAGAAUUGCAUAAUCCUAGGGUUUCAAGGAGGUGUUGGAUCUGCGAUUCGGGGACGAUUAAGGCAAGGGAAGUAGAAAAUGAGCAUCGAUCCGGUCCCUUCGACUACAAAUGGUAACCUCGAUGAGCAGAUUGCUCAACUCAUGCAGUGCAAGCCUUUGUCAGAGACAGAGGUUAGGGGGUUGUGCGAGAAGGCCAAGGAGAUUCUAAUGGUGGAAAGCAAUGUUCAGCCCGUGAAAAGCCCCGUGACAAUUUGUGGUGAUAUUCAUGGGCAAUUCCAUGACCUUGCAGAGCUUUUUCGGAUUGGAGGAAAGUGCCCAGACACUAACUACUUAUUUAUGGGAGAUUAUGUUGACCGAGGCUACUACUCUGUUGAAACUGUAACGCUUCUGGUGGCCAUGAAAGUACGUUAUCCUCAGCGACUUACAAUUUUGAGAGGAAAUCAUGAAAGUCGACAGAUUACUCAAGUUUAUGGAUUUUAUGAUGAAUGCCUGCGGAAGUAUGGUAAUGCCAGUGUUUGGAAGACUUUUACAGAUUUGUUCGACUAUUUUCCACUUACCGCAUUGGUUGAAUCAGAAAUCUUUUGUCUCCAUGGUGGUUUGUCCCCGUCAAUUGAAACCCUUGACAAUAUACGCAAUUUUGACCGGGUCCAAGAGGUUCCACAUGAGGGACCAAUGUGCGAUCUUCUGUGGUCUGACCCUGAUGAUCGUUGUGGCUGGGGUAUCUCUCCCAGAGGUGCUGGAUACACUUUUGGCCAGGACAUAUCAGAGCAGUUCAACCACACAAAUAGCUUAAAGUUAAUUGCCAGGGCACAUCAACUGGUUAUGGAGGGAUUUAACUGGGCCCAUGAGCAGAAGGUUGUAACCAUAUUUAGUGCACCUAAUUAUUGUUAUCGAUGUGGUAACAUGGCAUCAAUCUUGGAAGUUGAUGACUGCAGAAACCACACUUUUAUUCAGUUUGAGCCAGCUCCCAGGAGGGGAGAGCCAGAUGUAACGAGACGAACACCAGACUACUUCCUAUAAUGUGCGAUUCUGUUCUGAAAACACGAUUGGCUGAAUGAAUGAAAGUGUUUGCAGAGUCCUUCCUAGAACUUUGGGAAGUGUUGUUUGUUUGUAGGCUUAAUUGGUUGCUGCAUUUAAAGUGAGUGUUGGAAAGAAAGGAAUAUAUAUAUAUAUAUAUGUUUGGUCUGAUUCUUGAAGUACUGAAAACUGUAAUGGUAAUGAAGAGGCUGUAACCAUUUAUUAGAUAAAUUUGGUGCA